CGGCACUAAAGCACUGCUAGUGACUACACGCCGACUCCGAGUUCUCAUCGUUUCUAACGUCCCUGCAUUGUUUUUACGGCGUCAUGGGAUAAUGACUAUGCCAGGUGACCGAAGUGGUUCCGACUCUCCGAGUAUAAAUAUAUCUGUACGGAACUGGUGUGGUCUUCUACAAUAACAGCACCCCCCAGCACUCGAAUUCCUGCUAGGUUGACCAAUUGAAAAUGUCAUCUGUUCCAAAAGUCUGGUUUAUCACUGGUAGUUCAUCCGGCUUUGGCCUGGCCUCUACCGAACUAGUUCUUCAAAGAGGCGACAAGGUCGUCGCCACUUUGCGAAAACCCACCGUUUUGGCCGACUUGGUUUCAAAGUACCCAGAUACGCUUUUAUUGCUCAAACUAGACGUUACACAGCCAGAGGAAGUCAAAUUAACCUUCGCAACUGCCCGCGAGAGGUUCGGUCGCAUCGAUGUUGUUUUGAGCAAUGCAGGGUAUGGCAUCGUCUCGGAGAUCGAGGGAACCAGCGAGAAGAACGCGCGUGGCCUGUUCGAAACGAACUUUUGGGGAGCAUCAUACGUCUGUAGAGAGGCUGUCAGGUUUUUCCGUGAAGAGAAUCAACCUGUAGGUGGCAGAUUGAUACAGGUCUCGUCAGUGUCUGGUGUUGCAUCGAACCCUGGAUCGGCAUGGUAUUGUGCAUCGAAGUUCGCUAUCGAAGCAUUGGCGGAGGCUCUCGUGGUCGAAGUCUCUCCUAAUUGGAAUAUCAAGGUGACCAUCGUGGAACCUGGACCAUUCCGUACCAACUGUCCUACCACGAAUAUGGUCAUUGAGCCCAUCCAUCCGGCGUAUAGCGAUCCCGCACUACCUUCUAUGCGAACCCGAAACAUGGUGUCGAACCCCAAUACAACGUUUACUGGGGAUGCAACCAAGUUUGCAGAGGCCAUUUACAAACUAGUUUACUUGGAAGAUCCUCCUUUGAGGCUACCCCUCCACCACUUUGCUGUGGAAGCCGUCAGGAGAAAAGGCCGUCAUUUGAUUGACACCGCGGAUACAUGGGCCUCUUGGUCUGAAGAUAUGUAUGUGAAGGAGUGAAAAAGGUUGUAGACAUCACCGAUUUGAAGCUUGUCAAUGCAAAGUGCAAAGUGCAUAGUCCAUUCCUUAGAAUUGUGUACCGUAUGAGGAUCGCAAAAUUAUUACAACAUUCCCCUCGAAAGCAUCCUUUCAUUUACCAAGUUUCCACAAUCCAUCUUUAACAGUCACAAGGCCCUCCCUCUUUGCAGCUUCCAUGAAGCUCCCUAACUGUUCGAUGGUUCGGUCAUAACCACGGGCUAGCUUCAGCAUGGCUUGUAUGCGGUCCAAUCCAAGCGGUCCUAGGUUAGUGAGCAUGCCUUCGAUGAA